GCCGUUUGAGUAAAAGUUGGAGAGUUGUUUUUAUUUGGUUAGAGAUUUGGGAGUCCCAUUUUCUGAUAUCAUCCUAUUAUCUACCAUUUCUUGAAGGGCCUCCAAGGGUGUAUCCUCACUCAAAUUCAUUAUAGUGGAACCGAAACGGGAAUAGGACUCGGGGAGUGGAGUAGGCCACAACCGCCGAACCACUUUUAUAAUGGUACGGUUGCUCUAGAAACCUAGUUUGAGCUUUGAGAAAUGGCGGGCGGCGGCGGCGGUGGGCCGAGUAGGGAGUUGGAUCAAACACCAACAUGGGCCGUUGCCUCUGUUUGUGCAAUUAUCAUUCUUAUUUCUAUCAUAUUGGAGAAAGUUCUCCAUAUGGUUGGGACGAUAUUUCAAAGAAAGAAAAAGAGAGCAUUGUUUGAAGCGUUGGAGAAAGUAAAAGGCGAGCUUAUGGUUUUAGGAUUCAUUUCUUUGCUCUUGACAUUCGGCCAAAACUAUAUUGCUAAAGUUUGCAUACCUUCAAAGUAUGCAAAUACAAUGUUGCCUUGCCCUUAUAGAGGGAGUUCACAAAAAGCUCCCCCGACCGAUGAUCAUCACGACGAUCACCACAAAGAAAAGGUCGAUGAUCACCAUCGUAGGCUUCUUUGGUACGAACACCGAUUUCUCGCAGGUGGCAGUGCUCCUACAGAAAGCUGCAAACCAGGAUAUACACAACUUAUAUCUCUAAAUGGUUUGCAUCAAAUACAUAUCUUCAUCUUCUUUUUAGCAGUCCUCCAUGUUAUAUUUAGCGCCAUAACGAUGACUCUCGGAAGACUGAAAAUUCGUGGAUGGAAGGUAUGGGAAAAACAAACUGAACAAGAACACGAAGCCAUGAACGAUCCUACAAGAUUCAGACUUACUCAUGAAACAUCUUUCGUAAGAGACCAUAGCAGUUUCUGGACCAAAACGCCCCUCUCCUUUUACUUUGUAUGUUUCUUCCGACAAUUCUUCAGGUCAGUGAGUAGGGCUGAUUACUUGUCACUUAGACAUGGUUUCGUAACUGUUCAUUUAGCCCCUGGUAGUAAGUUUGACUUUCAGAAGUAUAUCAAAAGAUCAUUAGAAGAUGACUUCAAAGUCGUUGUCGGAAUCAGUCCUCUACUAUGGGCAUCAAUGGUGCUUUUUCUGCUUCUCAAUGUUAAUGGAUGGGAUGCCAUGCUUUGGGUGUCCAUAUUUCCUCUUGUGGUAAUCUUAGCUGUUGGAACGAAGUUGCAAGGAAUCAUAACGCAGAUGGCGCUUGAAAUCAAGGAAAGGCAUGCGGUGGUUCAAGGGAUUCCCCUUGUCCAAGUCUCGGACCGGCACUUUUGGUUCAGUUGGCCCGUUUUGAUUCUUUAUCUCAUCCAUUAUGUUCUCUUCCAGAAUGCAUUUGAGAUUACAUAUUUCUUUUGGAUAUGGUAUGAAUUUGGGUUGAGAUCAUGCUUUCACGAAAAUUUUGACCUUACCAUGGCCAGAGUUGCCCUUGGGGUUGGAGUCCAGAUUUUGUGCAGUUACAUUACACUUCCACUAUAUGCCCUCGUCACUCAGAUGGGAUCGACGAUGAAGAAAUCAAUAUUCGACGAACAAACUUCAAAAGCACUGAAGCAAUGGCAUAAAAGUGCUCUAAAGAAAAAGAACGAAGGGGGAAAGCCUCAUACGCCAACGGCGACUUUAGGCGGUGGCGGCGGCGGCGGCGGAAGCCCUCCGGAUUCACCAAUGCACUCCUCGACACACGGUUUGGGCGCUCAGCCGUCGCCCGCCACCGACGUGGAAGCCUCCGCCGCUCCUUCCGCCAACAUCAUGGCCACUGUGGAUCUGUCGCAAGAGCAACAGAAUUACGCCAACCGUGACUUGCUGAGCUGAUCAUAAUACUCAACUCAAAC